AUCAGUGAUAUGAAGAAGUACUUACUGGACAACCGAAAGGAUUACAUCAAUAUCUAUAGUCCAUUGCUGUCAUUGGCGUCAAUGAUGACCGAUAGGGAAAGGGAUGAAAUCGACGAAGACGUCGAGCAGUUCAUCAAAAUAUGUAACGACACGGCCAUCAAGUGUCUUAGGAAUGAUGUGAAGAGAGGAGUGAGGAGUCAGUUGAGUGAACACCAGAAUAAUGUCAUCGAUUUGAUUGAGAAGUAUCUGAAGAGUGUUUGCGAUAUUCAUAGCCAACAGAAGGCCAUUAGAAUCAAAAGAGCGGUCGAAAAGCAAAGACUUUUACGGUUAGGAAAUAUAGUCAGUAAUAAGAACUCAGAAAACGGUAUCAAAAAGGAUUUGCAUUCAAAUGAACCGAAUCUCAAGUCAGACAAUAAAGAAAACCACACUUUCGGUGAACCACUCAAUGGAUUGAACUAUAAUAAUGACAAUCAGAUUAAGAAUGAGAUAAUUAUUGAAUCAAUGAAUGCGAGUGUAGUUCCCAAUGAGGAAACGUACCAACAGUUAGAACUCAAUAAACAUGAGAUACAAGUGUUUGAAGAAGAAAAUGAACACUUGUUUGAAGACAUGAAUAGCUUGAGUGAUGAGGUGAAGGACAUCGAACUGAAAGUCGUGGAAAUAGCCAGACUUCAGGAGAUAUUCACGGAUAAUGUGCUGAAACAAGAAGUGGAUUUGAAUAAACUCAACGAUUUGACCAUUUCUUCGACUGAAAACAUCAGAGGAGGGAAUCAACAGCUGAGGGAAGCCAUGAAGAAGAACGCGGGCUUUAGGGUAUGGAUUCUGUUCUUCAUAACCACUCUGGCCUUCACUGUACUCUUCCUCGACUGGUAUAACGAUUGA